GUGACGUCACGCGCGUUGCGUGUAGCCCUAGACGCAGGGAAUCGGCGUCUGGUGCUGAUUUAAUGACGUGAGCGGUCGGUUUGGUUGAGGCGGCGGAGGGUGAGUGAGUCACGGGGGAAGGUGUGUAGUAGCAGCUUGGCCUAGAAUAACCACUCGGGGCGCUCUAAGUCAGGUGAGUGAAAGACCCUUAAAGACCCCCUACCCCCAGGGCGGUCCUGGCCCUCUAACCUUGGGCUGAGCAGCUCUAUAGCUUUAUUGUAUUGAUAUAUUCUGUAACAUUAGCCAUACUGGCUCCUCAUUGCCAACACCAGACUGAGAGUGUAAUACAGGCCAUGGGUGCCCCCAGCCAAAUGCUGGGACCCCCUGCACCAGGGACCCCUACACAGCAUGGGAUAUUGGGGGGGUGGGGUUAUAUUGUAGGGGUGCAAUAGGCUCCUCCACACCCCAGACAUUACUCACAUUACUCACCUGGACACUCAUGUGAUUCAACACUUUGUUUUUGUUUUUUUAACUUCCUUUCCCCAAAACUUUUUUUAUUUUAUUUAUUUUUUGUAUUGUUAAUGUAUGGCAGGGUUGUACAAAAGCUAUAACAACCAGAUGUUUUGAGAACUACAAAUUCCAUGAUGCUUUGCCUUUUCGAUGGCUGGUAAAGCAUCAUGGGAGUUGUAGGUCAUAAAAAGUUCUGCCUUUUGUGCACCCAUGUACUAGAACCAUUAGACAUGAAGCAGCACUCCUCUAACCUAUCUAAUGGUAUUAUUGUGUGGAUACCCAUGCAGUUAAUAUCAUCAUUUAUCUAUACAAUAUGAACCCUUGUACAUUGGACUUUCAUUGAUUGCACAUAUUUCUGUGCAGCAAAAGCUGAACAUCUCUCUGGACAUUGCACAAUAUGUCUACAGCAAUAAUUAUUUACAUAUCUGUGUUAUGAAUUGCAUAUACUGCAGAUGGUGUGUGUCAUGCAUUUAUUUUUUGUACCGUUUUUAAAUUGCUUGUGUUUAAUGCUAGUUCUAGAGAUCUGGCACUGGUAAAAAAAUACAAGCUACUCCUCUGUUUUAGACGAUGGCUAUGCAAAUACUCAGCAAUUGCCAGUUUAGUGAACAGGACUGUAAAUGGCCAUAAUCAAAUCCAGUUGUAGAUGCUUAGCUGAGAGCACUCUGGGAAAUGCGUAUUUAGGUCCCAUAUGCAUACAGAUGUUAUGGACCCAAGAUUUGAUACAACUUUAUAAUGUCAAGUAAAUAUUUCAGUCAACCUUCUAGUAAUAUAAGAUAUCUUAUUAUUUUUUUGUUUGUUCAUGUUCUGGAUUACUCUUGCUCUUUAUGGAUGGCCAUCUUUAGCGCUGUUUGGUCAGAAGCACUAUUUUAACCAGUAAAACAAUGUGUAAUUUCAAGGUCCUACAGUAUCUGAGUGUUUUUUUUUUUUUUUUUAAGAAAACCUGUGUGUUCACAAAUGUACACUGCUUGUUUUUGGUUAGACAGGCUAUGCUUCUGACAACUAUUUAAAAAUGUCUGGCCACAAUAGAGCAAGGCUAAGCCAGGAUAUGCACGGAAAAUAGUUACUUGUUCUUAUGCAAUCAUAAAAGGGUUACCCCAUUCACCAUUACCACUUCUUCAGUACUUUAAGUGAUCACGGUGCCUGGAGUCUACAUGUGCAGCGUUUUUUUUUUUUUUUUUUGUGAAACGCUGCUUAUACAGAGUUUAACCUCUGGGCUUGUAGGGGUGUAUCUACACCUCCUGGCAGCGUCAUGGUGUAUCAUUUAUUGGCUAAAAGCAGUCAACUGACACUCUCAGCCAUUGAAUGGAACCAGGGCAUCAUUACCACUACAGUAGGCUUGCAAUAAUCCUUUCACUUUCCCUUUUAUUCUUGCUUUACAGCUCAGGGCAAGUUAUCCGUUAGUGAAUUAUAGGAUGACUCUCCGCUAAAUUAUUAUAGUAGACAAAAUGUGUUAUCCUAGCCAACUAACUUUUGACAUAGACACCAAAGCAGUGAAAUCUGUUGUGCAUCAAUCCAGUUACAGUGUAGAUAGAAAUAUAGUAAUCCUUAUACAGCACUGAUUACCCAGUUACCUAACAGAAUGUCCUCCAAACACCUUUUUGUUUUGUUUUUUGCUGUUUAAUUGCGCUUGUCAGUCUGGAGGAAAUGUAAUAAGUAAUCUAACAGUAAUGCUUUAUUAUGAACAAGUGAAAAGAGCUAAUGGACUGACAUUUACUGGAGUUAAAAUAAUAUUUAGCACAAAUAUGUGAACCUAAGUGGUGUAAUCCCUGUUUAUAGAUACAGUGGAGCUUGACUUCCUAUUGCAUAUGUCCUUAACAGAAUAUGAAACAUCUCAGUUCUCUUGUAAUGGAGUAAAGUGGUACAGUCUCUCUACUUUCUGAUAUGGUACCAGUGGAUAUUCCCAGCUUAUAUAUGGAGCACAAAACAAUGUAUUUAGUGCACACUGUUUAAAAUUAAAAAUCUACUUACAGGUUCCAGAGCAAUGUGAAUUGCUUGUUCCUCACAGUGUAGGUGGUAUUAUCCCCACCACGUAUGAUUCCAAAUAAACUGCAGUAGAAUAUAAUCCAGGUUAAGGGUUUAAAAAAAAAAAAAACAUUUACUAAGCAAAAAAGCCAAUAAAAACCUACACCAAUGCGUUUUCCCCCAUAAAAGUAGGCUUUAUCAAAAACGUAGAAAAAUAAAUAAAUCAAACACCCAUGAUGCCUAGCUGGUUGUGGCCGUUACAUGGUUAUGACAAUUGAUUGUAACCUUAAACUUACAUUUUGGAGACCCCACAUAUAUUCUAAAUUAAUGUGUUCUUUUGCCACAAAACUUUCAGAUUUUUAUUUUGUCAUGUUUCCGUCUGAACUAAUUUCAAUUGCAUGUAUUAGGUUAAGUAUUUUGUUUUCUCUUUCUGUUCCACUGCAUUAUAUACAUAUAUUAUAAUUAUUUUCCUUUUGUAGGUUACAGAGCACUGUGUGAUCUGAAAACCUGCACCAAAUGCAGAGGCUCUAAGCUGAGGUUGGAAUGGAGGAAAAAGAAAGAUGUGGUAGAGCGUGUCUUGGCUUGUGAUUAUUAUUUUUGCAAGGGCGACCAGUCUCAUUUUGAAUUGGACACUGGAACGCACCUUAGCCAAGUUCAUUGUUACAUCUUCUUGCUUUGCCUCUUAUAAGAUAUGAGCUACAACUUGUACAUUUGGACCACUGACUCCAGUUUGCACUAGUGAACUCUUGUAGCUGAUUACGCUGUACCACAUCCAUAUCCUAAUUUUGAGCACCCGCCAUGAGCUGUGUGCCGUGGAAAGGUGACAAGGCAAAAGCUGAAGCUGAGGUCCAAGAACCUCUUCCACCACAUAUUUACCAUGAGAAACAACGUCGGGAGCUGUGUGCCCUCCAUGCCUUGAAUAAUGUCUUCCAGGAUGCUGGAGCAUUUACUCGGGACAGCUUACAGGAAAUAUUCCAGAGGUGGGUAUCUUAUUUAACUUUAUGAUACUGCUAGCUCUUAUCAUUCUUUGCUAGUUAGGUUUUGAUCUGUAAUAUAGGUCUUGGUGUUAUAUAUUUUUGACGUUUUGGCCUUCUAUGUUAAAACUGUAUUUAUUUAAAACAACUGUAAUUAUUUAUUUUUCUUUGAGUCAAAUAUAAAUAUAUUGUAGUCCCAAUUGUUAUAGGAGCACUUUGGGGGGGGGGGUGCAACCCCCAGUUUGGGAGAGUGGCUUCAGCAGAUUACAAGUGGGACAUCUGAGAUCUCUGUCCAGAAGGGUGCAGUUCUAGAAACCACUAAGAUACUAGAAUACUAUAUAUAUAAAUUUUUUUUAUUGCAUUUUAUUUAUUUUUACAUUAAGGUAUUAAAUCCUUUUGGUGACAGUGUUCUUUUAAACCCUUCCCGACCACAGAUGUACCAGGUACGUCCGACAAAAUACUGCCCUUAAGGACCUCUGACGUACCUGGUACGUCCGCGGCUAUUUUGAGUGCUGGAAGCGAUUUGUGAUCGCUUCCAGCAGCUCUUAUGGUAUUACACGAUGCCUUGAUAUCGAGGCAUUGUGUAAUACUCCCCUACACUGCCGGGGACCCGAGUGAUCGACCUACCCGGAGCGAUCACUUCUGGGUUUGCCGCACGUGGUGCCAGACAGUGUAGAGAGAGCAUCUGAAGCCAUCCACAGGUAAUAGGAAAUAGUUAAAAAUAAAAUUUUUUUAUUACAUUUAAAAAAAAUAAAAAAUUAACCCAUACCCUCCCUUCCCCAUGUACUUACCGAUCGCCGUGUUCCCCCACCGGCGAUCGGUCUUCUUCUUUUGGCGGACUCUCUGGACUGAGCCCAGAAAGUCCCCCCCCUCUCAAAUUUAGGACCCCCAGGGGCCAUGUGACCGCUCUAAAAGAGCGGUCACAUGGCCCCCAUAAGUGUCCACAGUACUGCCAAACAGGGGAACUGCCUGAACUGUCUCGCAGUCCCUCUGCUGGUGGAAAAGUUAAAAUAAAGUUGGCCAGUGUUUGUGACGAAGUGGUUACUAAAAAAGACUGGACAUACCCCAUUUGAAAUACCUUGGGUUGUCUUCUUUUGCAAAUGGUAUGGCAUCAUGGGGGUAAUUCUCAUUCCUGGGCUACCAUAUGCUCUCAAAGGCUACGUAACCAACCUGACCAUUUUCAAUGUAAAAAUAUUUGACCCACAUAUUUGACCUUGUAACUUUCAAAAACUCUAUAAAACCUGUACAUGGGGGGUACUGUUUUACUCAGGAGACUUUGCUGAACACAAAUAUUAGUGUUUCAAGACAGGAAAACAUAUCACAACGUAUCAUCAGUAAAAGUGCUCUUUGUGUGUGAAAAAUGCAAAAAAAGUCACUUUCACUGACAAUAUCAUCGCUGUGAUAUGUUUUACUGUUUUGAAUCACUAAUAUUUGUGUUCAGCGAAGUCUCCUGAGUAAAACAGUACCCCCCAUGUACAGGUUUUAGGGUGUCCUAGAACGUUACAGGGUAAAAUACAGUGCUAACAAAUUAAAUUCUCUGGACUUUCGGCCUGGGUUGGCAGGCAGGUCCCUCAAAUUGCAAUCAAUAAAAUUACUUAAUUAUGUAAAAAUAUGACAUAAAUACGCACGUAGAAUUUAAAUAUAUAUGCAUAUUUAUAUAUUUGAGGUCUACGUGUAUAUUAAUAUAAUUAUGUAAUUUUGUAUAUGGACAUGUGUAUAUAUGUGUGUGUGUGUGUGUGUGUGUGUGUAUAUAUAUAUAUAUAUAUAUAUAUAUAUAUGUGUGUGUGUGUGUAUGUAUAUAUAUAUAUAUAUAUAAUCUCAAAAUAGUUAGAAUAAAAUUUCAUAUAGAUAAUUUUUAUUUUAAGAAAAAUUUAAUUUUAAAUUAUUUGUAUUUUAUAAUAUAUACAAUAUAGUUAUUAUAUACGUGUGUAAUUUAAUUAUAAGUAAAUUUUUACAUUAAUAUAAAAAUACAAUUGGCAUGACAAAAAAAAAUAUAUAUAUAUAUUAACUUUUUUUUAUUUUUUUUUUUAUUUUACACUAGCAGGGAGACUAGGCAGUCCCCCUGCAGGCACAUGGACACCUAUUGUGACCACGUGAUCGCUCUAUUGAGCGAUCACAUGGCCCCAGGGGUCCUAAUCCGCCACGGGGAGACUGCCUGGGCUGCAGGCAGUCUCCCCACACCGGGAGCAACGCCGAUCGCUACCGCGGGAACGACGGCGAUCGGGUAAGUACAUUGGACCGUUAUGGCGGUUCAGGACCGUCACCGGUCGGCAAUGCAAAAAUGCCGAUGACUGUCCUGAACCGUCCUCAGUCCUUAAGGGAUUAAACAUGGAUUCCUUUGAGUCUGUGUUUGCUGUAUACAACAGCCUUAACCCCUUAAGGACUGAGCCAAUUGUAAACGUUGUGAUCAAAACGUAAACAAAAACUUUAAUUUGCGCUAUAUGUCUGUUCAGGCGUAAUUCACCUCUUUCAUUUUAUGUGCACCCACACUUAUUAUAUAUCAUUUUAUUCAGGGGAAACAGGGCUUUCAUUUACAUCAAAUAUUUAGGUAUAAAACAUAAUUUAAUAUGAAUAAAAUAUAAAAAAAUGGGAGAAAAUAAGAAUUUAAAAAAAAGUUUAGUUCUACUUUACAUUCUAACUGUGAAUGUCAUAAUACUGUUUGAUUUUUACCGCAAUAAAAUACACAUAUUUAUAUUCAGCGAUGUCACACGUGUAAAACAGUACCCCCUAUGUACAAGUUUUAUGGUGUUUUGGGAAUUUACAGGGUCAAAUAUAGCAUGUUCCAUUUUUCAGUUUUUUCACAUUGAAAUUCGCCAGAUUGGUUAUGUUGCCUUUGAGACCAUAUGGUCGCCCAGGAAUGCGCAUUACCCCCAUGGUGGCAUACCAUUUGCAAUAGUAGACAACCCAAAGUAUUGCAAAUGGGGUAUGUCCAGUCUUUUUUUAGUAGCCACUUGGUCACAAACACGGGCCAAAGUUAGUGUUAAUAUUUAAAAAAAGCAAAAAACUAAUUUGAACGUCAAUUUUGACCAGUGUUUGUGAUGAAGUGUCUAUUAAAAAAGACUGAACAUACCCCAUUUGCAAUACCUUAGGUUGUCUACUUUUGCAAAUGGUAUGCCAUUAUGGGGGUAAUUCUCAUUCCUGGGCUACCACACCGUCUCAAAGGCAACGUAACCAAUCUGGCGAAUUUCAAUGUGAAAAAGCUGAAACGCAAGCCUUAUAUUUGACUCUCUACCUUUUUGAAAACACCAUAAAACCUCUACAUGAGGGGUACUGUUUUACUUGGGAGACUUCGCUGAACACAAAUAUUAGUGUUUCAAAAAGGUAAAACGUAUCACAGCAAUUAUAUUGUCCGUGUAAGUGCCAUUUGGGUGUGAAAAAUGCGAAAAAUUUCACUUUCACUGACCAUAUCGUCGUCGUAAUACAUGUUACUGUUUUGAAUCACUAAUAUUUGUGUUCCGCGAAGUCUUCCGAGUAAAACAGUACCCCCCAUGUACAGGUUUUAUGGUGUCUUGGAAAGUUACAGGGUUAAAUAUAGUGCUAGCAAAUUAAAUUCCCUGGACUUUUGGCCUGGGUUGUCAGGCUGGUCCUGCUAAUUGUAAUUAAUAAAAUUACAUAAUUAUGUAACAUUAUUACAUAAAUAUACACGUAGAAUUAUAGUGUGUGUGUGUGUGAAUACAUGUAUAGCAUGUUACAUCUUUCACAUUGAAAUUGGUUACAUUGCAUUUGAGACCGUAUGGUAGCCCAGGAAUGAGAAUUUUCCCCCAUGAUUGCAUACCAUUUGCAAUACUAGACAACCCAAGGUAUUGCAAAUGGGGUAUGUCCAGUCUUUUUUAGUAGACACAUGGUCACAAACACUAGCAAAAGUUAGCGUUAAUAUUUGUGUGUGAAUUAAUAAAAUGACCUAAUUAUGUAAAAUUAUUACUUAAAUAUAUACAAGGAAUUAUAUUUUUUAUAUAUAUAUAUAUUAUAUAUUAAUAGUUACAACGAAUAUAUAGUUUUUUUUUACAUAUUCACUUUAUAUUAUAAUGAAAAUUAUAUAUUUUUUUUUAAUGAAUAUCAUAUGUGUAUUUUGAUAGAUAUAUAUAUAUAUAUAUCUCUCUCCCGCUUGCUCUCUACGUUCAAACUACGUUCAAGUUACAGAUUCACAAUGUCUAGAUGGUACACUGCUGAGGAGGCCUAUGAUAUUUUAGUAGCCGACUCUGAUGCCACAGACACUGCCUCUGAGAGUAGUGAUGACUCUUUGCCAGUUACUGCAGGGCUCUCUGUUGUAAGCGCCGAGUCCACUGACAUGGCUCAUGACGCUGGGGACUAAGAACCCCCGAAUGAUUUUACGCCCGACAUCCCAGAGUUUACUGGUAGUCCUGGAAUUCAGUUGGACUUGGCUAACUACAGUGCACUGGAUUUCAUGCAGCUAUACUUGGGGUGGGGGGGGGGGUAUUUUAAGGGAUAUCGUCACCCAGACCAACAUUUAUGCUGCACAGUACCUGACGCUUAAUGAUCAGAGUCUCAUUGCCAGGAAAGGGAGUUGGUACCCCAUCAGUGUGCCAGAAUAAAAAAAAAGAGCAUCAGAAUGUACUGGUCCAAAAAAAAUCUGUAUGCAGCACCCCUAUUUACUCCCAGACCAUGAAUAGGUCCAGAUACGAAGCAAUACUUCGCUUUUUACACUUCAGCGACAAUUCAAAGUGUCUUCUAAGAGAUAAUCCUCAGUACAAUAACCUCUAUAAGAUUCACCCCUUAAUUUCCCACUUCAACAGACCAUUUGGCUCAAUUUACACCACACAAAAAAUAUUUGUGUAGAUGAGUCUUUGAUGAAAUACAAAAGCAGACUGGGGUUUAAGCAAUAUAUCCUGGUAUGGGAUAAAGUUAUAUAAACUUUGCGAAAGUGCCAGUGGCUAUGUUUACACCUUCUUUGUUUUUACGAAGGUAAAGAUAGCCACUUGGAACCCCCAGGUUGCCAGGAUAUCAUUGGCACUAGUGGGAAGAUUGUAUGGGAUCUAAUUAAAGGACCACUCUAGGCACCCAGACUACUUCAGCUUAAUGAAGUGGUCUGGGUGCCAGGUCCUUCUAGGGUUAACCCAUUUUUUUUAUAAACAUAGCAGUUUCAGAGAAACUGCUAUGUUUAUGAAUGGGUUAAGCCUUCCCCCUAAUCCUCUAGUGGCUGUCUCAUUGACAGCCACUAGAAGCGCUUGCGUGCUUCUCACUGUGAUUUUCACAGUGAGAGCACGCAAGCGUCCAUAGGAAAGCAUUGUAAAUGCUUUCCUAUGCGACGGGCUGAAUGCGCGCGCAGCUCUUGCCGCGCGUGUGCAUUCAGCCCAGGAGGAGGAUCGGAGGAGGAGAGGAGGCAGAGAGCUCCCCGCCCAGCGCUGGAAAAAGGUAAGUUUUAACCCCUUUCCCCUUUCCAGAGCCGGGCGGGAGGGGGUCCCUGAGGGUGGGGGCACCCUCAGGGCACUAUAGUGCCAGGAAAACGACACGUUUCCUGGCACUAUAGUGGUCCUUUAACCCAUUGCUAAACAAGGUAUCAUUUAUAUAUAGAUUACUACAACAGCAUCCCUCUUCUUAGGAUGCUUUAUUGCUUUAAAACUGUGGCCUGCGGCACUAUCCGAAAAACGUGUCGCUUUCCCAAAAGCCCUGGCACAAAAAAAGCUCAAGAGGAGAGGAAACGGCUGCUCUCUGCCAGGGCGAACUGCUGGCUCUCAAAUUUAAAGAUAAAAAGGUGUUCUUGCAUACUGAGCACCCUCGCAGACUAGAAAUUAGACGGGUGCCAGUCUGCAUUAGGCAGUACAACAAGCAUAUGGGGGGAGUUGACCUGUCCGACUAACUGCUGCAGCCAUAUUUAAUACUGAGGAAGACCAGGGCAUGGUACAAAAAUCUUCGCAUUUACCUAAUGCAAAUGGUGACACACCAUGCCUUUUAUUAUAUACAAAAAUGCAAAUGCUUACAUUAAAUCCACACUUCUGGAUAUUCAGUUUCAGCUGAUUUCUGGGCUGCUCACUGAAUGCCACAGUGGGGAACCAUCAACCGGGCCUAGUAGCAGAAGGGUUGAGACAGGUCACUUGUGUUUCUGCAUACCACCAACCCCAGAAAAGGUGCAGGUUGUGCUACCAAAGGGGCAUAAGGUCAGAAGCCAGCUUUUACUGCCCUGAUUGCCCCUCUCAGCCGUCCUUUGUAAUUUUCUUCUUUUUUUUUAUUUAUUUUUUAUUUUAUUUUUUUAUAGGGGCUGACGACCUUUAGGGCCAAGAAGGCUGCUGCAAUUCUGACUCUGAUUAUUUUAUUUUAAUUUUUCUAAUUUUAUUUAGUUAAUUAGAGUGCGUGGUAAUUCAUGGGAAAUUGGGGAGUUUAGUGUUACGUUAGGGGUGUAAAGAUUUUAAAAAAAUAAAUCAUUUAUAACAUUUAGUUGAAGUUCUUGUGUAAAAAGUUUAAAAAUGCUUAGGAAGUUCUGAAUUCUAUCAGCAGACAGUUGAGACAGUGCCUCCAAGUUUGAUGCAGGUUAAUACAGUGAUUAAUACCUUAUUUAAGAAAUUUUGGUAGGCCUUUGUGGGGUAGUUUGAAUUAUCAGCCUGCUAAGAUGCUAUACAAUUGCACAUGGACCCACCCCCAAAUUUCAAAGUUUGAAAAAAAAAAACUGGUCUCCAAUGUGCCCCUUUAACAUCAACAUAUUCCUGAAAAAGGUACACAUGGGGGUAUUGUUAUACUAAGACGAUAUAGCUGAGCAACAUAUUGAGUGUUGUACUGCUGUAGCACACACAAGGAUUGCAAAAUAUACAGUAACAUCUCCAAGUGUGUGUCAAAAAGGCAGGGAAAAAAAAUGCUAAUUGCUACUAGACUUGGUACAAACUAGCAAUAACAUGAUCCUACCCUAGGGUUUAAAAUAUGCCAUUUGAAAUAGCCUGGGGUGUCUACCUUUACAAAUGUUAGGUUUUGUGAGGGUUUUUCAAACAGUCAAACUGCUAUAAUGCCCCAAAUUGAAACAUAGGCCCAUCAAAUCCAUCUCAAAAUUCUACUGUAAAUACUGAAACUGACAGGUCUCCCAUAUGGCACUGUAGCUUUACGAAAUAGUGCCAAAGACUUACAAUGGGGGCGACAUUGUACUCAGCAGAUGUAGCUGAACACAAAAUGAGGUUUUGUACUGGAAUAGCACACACCAACUUUAUGAAAUACACAUGAGAAGUUCUUUGUUAUAAGUUUUACUCCAAUAUUUAGAGAUUGGCGGUGAAAUGGCUAGGUAAAAAGUGUCAAAAUAACAUUAGUUAAAUAAACAAUAAAAGAUAGGUUAUACCCUUAACCUCUAACUGCAGUCUCCAAUGCUGCAGUAAUAUAAAUGAACCUAUCUCUCCUAGAUAGUCAAAUAGUAAUAUACCACAAACUACAAUUAGAGUCAAUAACAGAUCUUAUAUAUUGAAUGCAACAGACUAAAUAAUAAAGUCCAAUAUUGGUCUGUGCAAGUUUCCUUUAUCCCCGGUAUUUUCUUGGAUAGUAGCACUCCAUAAUAAAGAUGAAUAUGUAAAAAAAGAUACAUAGAAAAAAACUGAAUUAGUAACUCUCUGUAUCAAUACAGUACAUGAGAAGCAGUCCAGAUUAAUUAAAAAACUUGCUUUAUUAGUGUCUCAAAAAUCUUUUUUCCAAUAAUAUCAUAGUAAUCAGACUUCAUUAACAUGUAUUUGUAAGCUGAUAUACAAAGUUCAUAUUAGGUGCAGACCUUGUAUUGCUCACGGCAUCCCGGAUCAACAGCUUAGAUGUUAUUUUGCAGGAUACAAUACAGGUAAGUGUCCCCUAGAUGCUGGCUUUCAGUAAUCAGCGAUCAGUCCUUCCAAACGCGUUUCUCCGUCAGAACGGCUUUUUCAAUGGAUACGGACUGUCAAGCAGUUCCCGCUUAUAUAGCCGUGUAUUCCCCUCAAUUUUCACAUAUCAUUCAACAUGCAUUUUUGAUAAUUUUACAUACACAGUAUUUAAUAUUGUAACAUUAUAGUAUUAACACAUAUUCUUAGAUUCUCAUUCUUAAUCUCAGAUAUUUUGUUGCAUUUAUUACCACUUGUAACCAUAGUUACUCCCGCUUCUAAGCAUUUUUUGUACAACAUUAGUUGAAUAGCCUGUGAUGUCUGCUUUAUAUAAAUAUAUACUUUUGUGUGGCAAUUUUGUUUUCUGUGAUGGCUAUUUGCUUACAGGACAAACAUACCAAAUUCUAAAAUCGCUCCACAUUAUAAGUUUAUUUUACUCCUUGUGUUUUGUGACCUGUAACUACACAUUAUAUAUUCUGUAAAUCAGAACUAAAUGAAUUUAUUUUUAAUUACUUUCCUUAGCCUGCACUAAUUAUGCACACAUUAUUGCAAAAACUGUAAAAAAAACAAAAACUUUUUUUUUUUUUAUAAUAAACAAACAUUUAUAUGUUACAUCAAUUUAAAGCCCUUUUUUGUCCUUUUAAAAACGGUAUUUAAUAUGUGUUGGUGCAAUAAAAUUGUAAAAUGCAAAUUGCAGUUGAACGCAAACAGCAAAAAAUGUGAAUUACUUGUGUCCUUAAGUGCAAGGCAAGCUUUUGAAGCUGUGUCCUUAAGGGGUUAAUUCUAACAAGCCAUGUAUGACAUAUGGGAGCAGUAGGUUACUGGAUAUCUUGACUCCAUUCAGUUCUGAUUAGGGGAUUGCUCAGCGUGCAAGUAAAGUACAUGCCAUUUUACAAUAGCAUUGCAAAAAAAAAUAGGAUUUUAUUAUUUUUUAAUUUUCUUCAUAUUAAGGGUGCGAAGCAGUAAUGUUUAAAGGAGCAUUUUCCUAUUUUCAUUUUUUUUUUUUUUUUAUUUAUUCUAGAUUGUCCCCCAACACUCUGGUGACCCCACACAAGACGAAUAUGCUGGGAAAUGGAAACUAUGAUGUUAAUGUAAUCAUGGCAGCACUUCAGACCAAGGGAUAUGAGGCUGUAUGGUGGGACAAAAGGAGGUAUAAACACCUCCUAUUUAUUACUAACAUCAGUGACAGGGAUCUGAUUUCUACGCAGUACUGUACCAUUGCAGUCUAUUAAAUCUGUUGGAGUUAUUCCCUAGGCUGUGAAUGUGUGUCUAAAUUGCAACACUUUAGGAAGGAAAACUGUAAUUAUUCCUGAAUGUGAAAAUGUGACCUAGAAUAAUGUAUUGUUUCAAAAAAUAUGAAGUAAAAAGUAUCCUAAAUUGCUUACAAAGUGAAGAAAUACAUGCUGACAUUCACCAAAUGCUGAAUUCCAUUCAGAUAGACCUUUAAACUUGUUAAAGGGACACUAUAGUCACCCAGACCACUUCAGCUCAAUGAAGUGGUCUGGGUGCCAGGUCCCUCAGGUUUUAACCCUGCAGAUGCAAACAUAGCGGUUUCAGAGAAACUGCUAUGUUUACAUUGCAGGGUUAAGCCAGCCUCUAGUGGAUGUCUUCCGGACAGCCACUAGAGGCGCAUCUGCGACGCUGGAGGCAUAUUAUGCCACCAGAGCGCAUGCGUAUUCGGCUCCACUGACGUUGGCAGAGGGAGCUGACGUCAGCGGGGCAGGAGAGGUCACCAGUGCCGAGGGAGCCUGGUGCUGGAAUAAGGUAACCACGGGAGAGGGAUCUCGAGGGUGGGGGCACCCUCAGGGCACUAUAGUGUUGGGAAAACCACUUUGUUUUCCUGACACUAUAGUGAUUCUUUAACUAUGGGCAUGCUAAAGGAAUUUUGUGUGCCUGCUUUUUGAUGUUCAUUAAAAUAAAAAUUAAUAAAAAUACAGUUUGACUCCUUUGUUCUCCUAGUGACCACCUGCAUGCUUAUCUUGCUAUUCUUGUGUUAGUGGUGAUGGAUUGAACAAAACUAUGGCGGGUUCCUCACAAUUUAUCCUUCAGCCAUAUGCAUGCACCUUGGGUCGGACAGUGUUUGAAAAUCGACCGUUCGUAUCUAUGGUCCUGACCAUAGAGUUUAAUUGUGUGACGCAAGGUGCAUGCAUAUGGCUGAAGGAUCCUGUCACAUACUAAAGGUAGGGAUUAGUUUGUUUUUGUUUUUGUUCUUUCAAAAUCCCCACUUCAUUUUACAAAGAAAAUUUAUUUACUUUCAAAAUGUGCUGAAAGUAUUAUUCUAUUAAAAUAUAGUUGUGUGGUGACAGUUGUCCUUUAAGAUACAAGGGGCAUAGAGAAAAGUGGGAGAUUACUUUGCUUCUUUUAAGAGUGCUUGUGUCCUGCUGAGUCUCUAACAAAUAAGGCCAGUCUUCCUACCAUAGCCAAACCCCAAUGUCCAUCUGCAUAGGCUUUAAAAUACAUAGUGGGGCUCCAGCAAAAGCCCUAAAAGUAAGACGUUUCUAUUCUUACUCCUUAUAUGCCUGCAGGUUACAAUAAAAUAAAUAUUUAAGAUGGCUUCAAUAUGCUCCCCACACUAUUUGUAGUGAAUGUCUACUUCAAAUAAUCAUUUCCUAACAAUGCACAGUUCCCAUGUGAUAGUGUAAAAGCCUAUUAAAUGGUCACCGUGGUGCGAAUUGCCCACUACCGCUCCUUCUUAAAAAAAAAUAUAUAUAUAUAUAUAUAUAUAUAUAUAUAUAUAUAUAUAUAUAUAUAUAUAUAUAUAUAUAUAUAUAUUAAUUAUAGAUUUUCUCAAAGCUAUCCUUCCUUUUCCACUGCACUAAAAAUUACAAAAAAUGAGAGUACCAUUGUACAAAAUAGAUAUCUGCCAUCGGAGGCCUGUACUGUUCUUUUUGGAGAGGUGGGCAUUGUUUGUGCCAAAUGGCCGAUGCACCCAUUUGCUCCUCCCAAGGGCCAUCUCACAAACCGUGCCAGGCAACUAAGGCCUCAAUUAAAAAAAAAAAAAAUUUUUCUUCAAAUUCUUGUAAUCAGUUUAGAAAAUUACUGUUUGUGGUUUUGUGUGUAUGUAACAUUUUUCUUUUUUUAUUUAGGGAUGUUUGUUUGAUUUCGCUUUCCAAUGUAACUGGGUUCAUCAUGAACCUCCCAUCUAGUUUGUCUUGGGGCCCCCUUAAACUCCCACUCAAACGUCAGCACUGGAUAUGUGUGCGUGAAGUGGAAGGCACUUAUUACAAUUUGGACUCAAAAUUAAAAAGGCCAGAACGGAUUGGAAAUGAGGAAGAUCUAAGGUAGGAUUUUACUCUGUGUAUAGUAAACUGUAGUGGUUAUGUUACCACUGUUAAAAGGUUACUCCAAGGGGGCGGACCAUUACAAUGUAAAAUGCCCUAUUUAGCACUAUGGAUAAGGUCCUGACCUUGAUUUGCAGUAAAUUACAGGCUUCUCAUAGAGGGCAGGGAGUUUGUGUGGUUUUGUUUUUUUUUUUACUGUCUGUAACAGAGGAAGGUUGGAGGUAGAAGCACCAACGAUUAUUAAGUGGGCAGUGUGCACUAACAGAUGUAAAAUAUGCACAGAAUUGACACUGGCAGCCUGGAAUUCUGAGUACCAAGUACCUCCGCCCAAUCUGCCUCCUAGCCAUUGGGGAAGGAGCUUGAAACGGUUUAGCCCCAGUCACUGAAGCUUGACUGGGUUCUUUCUGGAACUCUUCCACCCAAACAGAUUCUUAGUCCAGGCAGGUCCUCUCUGCCUAUUCUUCUGCAGCUUUCCUGCGAGGGAGGUAUGGUCUCCUUUGCCUGUUCCUCUGCAGCUCUAGUUAUAGUGAUUUGUUCCUGUCUUUACAAAGACAUUUGCGACUCUCAGGCCUAAGUCUCUUUUGAUUUGCAACUGGGCUUGAGUGAUUGUGCAGCCAGCCAAGAGGUCCCAAGACUCUGUUACUGGGACCCCUAAAAAUCCACACGGGACACACCGUUCCAAAAGGAACUAACGUAAUAUUCCUUAUCUUUUACUCAGGGCUAAUUCAUAUGCUCGUAACACAUAGAUUGCUGUGACUACUUCAAUAAAAUACAAAUAUAAAGAACAUCUAGCAAACAAGCUUAAUUACAUAAACUAUAUAAUGCAAAUAGCAUUUUCAAACACCAUAAUAUAUACAUUUAACUACUUUUUUCAUUGCCCCCAUUAUGCAAAUAAACAGUCAGUCAGGAGAGAGCGCUGCAGAGUUAUAAAGUAACAAUGUAUGCCUUUCCAAAAGGCCAUGGCAUGGGAGCUUCUGUCACAGUGUGCAAAUAGCUCUUUGCACGCAUUUUACAAUAUUCCUGUGUGUGCAGUGUUUCAAUUCAAUACAAACUCUUACCACCGUAAAUCACUGAAGUGGUUAUGGUGUGUGGGGUGGAGUAGAACUUUAAGUGUUAUGUGUUGUAUCGAAUAUUUAAAAAAAUAAAAAAAUACAUCUGGAACUUUCUGGUUUUGCCUAUGAAUUCUUCUUGGGGUCUCACAUCAUUUCUACUCUGGAAAUGAUUAUUGGUUCUUAUGUCAGAAAUAAUAAUCCUAUAAAAACAUACCAGUGCGGAAUGUUAAACCCUUUUUUUCUUUUAAUGGCAUUACCAGUUAAAUAUAAAAUCUGUUUGCCUAUAGUGCUGGUGCAUUUUUGUAUUAUUUAUUCGUGAUGAAAGAUCUUGUGUGAAAAUGUCAAACCAUUUUAUUUUAAAAAAACAAAACAAAAUGUUUUCUUUGGUAUAUCUACUAAAUUGUCGAAGCUCUUAAAAUUAUUUUUAAUUUUUCUUUAAAGUCCCUUUAUCCCCUCGAUAAAUAGACAUUAUAAAAUGGAUAUUUCUUUCUCUACCCAGGAAGUUUUUGCAGCAUCAGCUAAGAGGUAAAAACUGUGAGCUGCUGCUGGUGGUGCCUGAAGAAGUAGAACUUGAUCAACGAUGGCGGGCCGAUCUGUGAUCUACAAUUUGACUUUUUAAACAUUUUUUUUUUUUUUGUUCUCUCACUACAUUAUUUUUUCUUAGCUCUUCUUGACAAUCUCUGUUCUGGAAAGAUCCUGUCUCCAGAAAAGAACUUUUUUUUUUUUUUUUUUUUUAAAUCUUCUAGUGCAAUACAGAGGAACAGGAUAAAGGACUUAUUAAUGGGAGCAUGCGGAGGCUUAGGCUGGUACUUCAUCUCAGUGAGGUUUCUUACAGCAUAGCUGUGAAACUUGGACAUGAUUGAUUACCCAGCUACAGCAGACUGAUGGAAGUAGUCAUAUUAUUGCAAACCGUGACCGCAAAUUCUGACUACACAAGCCUCUUCUGUCUAGAGGUAUUUCCACUACAAUAAUGCUGAAAUAUUGCUUGUUACAUGGAGUGUCUGUAACCCAAGGAAUGGAAGAAAUGGCUAAAUAUAAGCAACCUGACGGAUAAGCUGCCUAAAACCAAACUGAGCCAUCUUUUUUUAUAUGUAAGAACACCUCUUAAAAGCCUCAAUCCUUAAAAGCUACCCUUGUGUCACUAUAUAUAAAGUGCUCUUUUUAAAAAGAAGAAAAAAUUCUGUCUAGUGUGAGAUAUGGUGUUCUUCCUUUUCACAAAAUGUAUAGAAAAGAAAAUAGCACUUCAUUUUUUUUAUUCACUGGUCGUUUUUUUUUUGUUUUUUUUUUUAUAUAGCGAUGUGUGGUGCUGAAAAAGUAUUCCUUUCCUGAUACACCAUCAUAUUUUGUGUAUAUAUAAAAGAUGGCUAUUAAACAUUUGUGUAACACUAGGAGCACACUUAUAGUGGCAUUCAUUUAGCAAAUUUUGUUAAGGUAAGUGGCACAGGGGAAAUGUAUAAACUGGUCAGAUAUAAACGAAUCACAAAUGCUGUCUUGACUUCUUGAAACUCUCACCAGAAAUGUUAUUUGCCAGUGCAAGGCUCUUGAUUUUUGUACAGCCUCACUAAACCCACUCUGAAAUGCUGUAUUCUUCAUAAGUGGAGCCUAGGUAAAAUCUGACUUUCAUGCUCUUCUGCCAUUGGUCUGGCAUGUUUUUUUUUUUUAAUUCUGUAACAUUUGUAGAGCUAAAAUGAGGGUAUGCUUUAAUUUUCCAAGUGUUUCCAGAGGUUGUAUGCUUGUUUUUUUUUUUUUUUUUCACAGUGGAGAGAGUGCACAUUGGUAUGAGAAGUGGGAUUCUUCAUAGCAAACUUUUUUUUUGGGUGAUGUUGAGUCCGUUACUAUUUUACAUGCUAUGCUUUUAAAAGGAGCAUAGCCAUAUGGAAAUAUUGUAUCUAACAUGGCCUGGUAAUCAUCCAAUGAACCCUCAGGCUGCUAAUCAUGUAUAGUGCAUGAUCCAUUCUGCUGACUAUGUUCUAUGCCAUGAAUGGGGCCAUUCUUCAGACCGUCUCAUAUGUUUAUGGGAACUUUCCCUUGAGGAGGCUCUGUGUUGAUUUUCUGACUCUUUUCUAAUACAGGUCCAAGAAUGUGACCAAUCAAUUAUACUGUGGGGUUUGGCAUAUAUAUUUUUUAUUUUUUGCAUCAGCAGGUAAGAAAACUGCAAUAUUAUCUGGGUGCUCAGUCAAAACCAGGAAGUGUGUGUUCUGUUGAUUUUAUGUGCCUCCAAUUUCUCUAAUUUAUUUUACCUUUUUUAUUUUUAUUUUGCUUGUUCAUCUGUUUUUUGGUUUCCCCCACAAAUGCUGCUUUCUUCUAUUGGUAAUUUUUAAUGGAUGAAUUAAAAAAAAUUUAAAGCAGGUCUGAUACAUCCCAAAACCAUAAUGUUGGUUUUCACGCUACAGAGAUUCGCUGCAACUGUAGGCCUGUUAACAUAGAUGAAUAAAAAUAAAUCCUUGGACAUUCACAAUAGCUAGUGUUUUAAGGUAAGGGUCAGUCAAACAUUCAAAACAAGUUAUUUUUUUUGUUUAAAAUUUCCUGUUUAGCGCAGUCAGAAAUGGGAUUUUAGAAACGAAGGCUCAACUAUUAAAAGUAAAAAAAAAAAAAAAAAUCUUUUUAUGCUAUUUUUUUUGUGCUGUUUGUUUACAGAGAAAUGUAUUUUGUUAUCCAAAUCUGAAAAUAAAGCAAGAAUAUUAAGACUGUUCAAGCCACGUGUUAAAUUUGUAUACUCAA